UAUCUGGUCUAAAGUUUUAUUGGAUGGUAACAUUCACCGAAUUAUCGAUAAAUGAAAAACAGUUGGCUUUUUCUUCAAACUUCUGUGCGGUCUAUACUCCUAUAGUUUCCAUAACAAUCGACCUAAUUUUCACGUUUCGAAACUUUGAAACAACUAAUGGACAUGAACCGCAUUAAAAAAAAUUAAGUUUAUUUUUAUUUUGAAAGAUUGGCUAAUUACAUUUGAAAAGAAUUGCUGACUUCGUUGUCACAGAAAAAAAAAGUUUGAGAAAUCAUGACCGAAGUUCUUAGUGCUGUGCUGUCUUAGUGGCGAAGCGAAAGAGAGCCAUAAAAAUUAUUAAAAUUGUUUAUCUCCCUUAGUUUUUCAUCCCCAGACAAAAGUGCUUUCGGUUAGCCCUGGAAAUGAAAAUUAAUGAUUCACAGUUGUUUGCUUAAACUUCAAUGAAACUUUGUGACAGUAUCUGAAGACCUAGUGCAGCGUUUCUCUAACUGUAUGGCCGCUAGCCUGACGUGCUGAUAAGGAAACAUUUCAGUAUGGAGACUACAGUAAAAGUUGCUGUAGUUGGUGCAGGAGCAGCAGGUCUUUGUGCACUUAGACAUUUGACAUCUUCUGAACAUGUAGCAAGCAGACAUCGUUUUGAAGUGACUUGUUUUGAGCAGUCCAGUAGGGUUGGAGGCACUUGGAUAUACACUGAACGAACUGGAAGUGACCAAAAUGGUCUUCCUGUACAUUCAAGCAUGUAUAAAAACCUGAGAACUAACCUCCCUGUACAGUGUAUGGCUUUUCCUGACUUUCCUUUCAAGUCGACUCGUCCUUCCUUUGUCACGCAUGAAGUUGUGCUAGACUAUCUGGAGGACUAUGCAUCUCAAUUUGAUUUGUUCAAACAUAUUAAGUUCCAGACAUUGGUCAAGUGGAUCCAACCAGUGAACAUGCAGAGUGAACUAAAGAAGCUACAAUGGGAGGUAACUACAUGUGAUGUUGUGAAUAAAAUAGAACACCAGCCUGAACUGUUUGAUGCUAUACUUGUAUGCAAUGGCCAUUAUGCAGAUCCCAUGAUUCCCGACAUACCAGGCAUGGAAACUUACUCCGGUCAAGUUUAUCACAGCCAUGAUUACAGAGUACCUGAAACUUUUUCUGACAAGGUGGUCGUAAUCUUAGGGGCUGGAAUGUCUGGUCAGGACAUUGUAUUUGAAUUAUCUCCCUUGGCUAAAUGGGUCUAUUUGAGUCAUAACCAACGGCCACUCACUUCCAACUUGCCAGAAAAUUUGACACAGAAACCCGGGAUCAAGAAAAUCACUGGCUCAUUCGUUCAUUUUUUGGAUGGCAGUCAGGUCAUGACGGAUGUGGUGCUGCUGUGUACAGGAUAUAACUACAAGUACAGCUUUCUGGCGCCCCAAUGUGGCCUGAAAGUAGUGGACGGGAGAGUCACCGGACUGUAUAAACAUUUGUUUUGUACGAAAUGUCCAAGUUUGGCAAUUACUGGUGUAUGUAGAGUGAUUUUACCUUUCCCAUUGUUUGAUUUUCAAGUUCGUUUAUUUAGAUCAGUUCUUGAAGGUACAUGUGUCUUACCCAGCAAAGUGUCAAUGGAUGAGGAUACAGAAAAUGAUUACAGAAAACGUCUGGAGGAGGGCAUGCCUCACCGCUAUGCACACAUCAUGGAUAGUCGUCAGUUCAGCUACACCAAUGAUCUGGCAGACAUGACCAAAACGAGCCGGCUUUCACCUUUUUACAGUCAGUUGUAUUACAUGUGUAACGAUCUGAGACAACAGGACCUUGCCAAUUACAAGAACUGCAAUUUCACUAUUAACGAAGCAGGUGAUGUAGUGCUCUUAUCAGCUGAAGAUCUCUAUCUCAAAAUUUGAGGAUAUCUUAGUUUAGAUUUGAUGAUUUCAAAAAUCAGAAUGAAGUUUGAUAUUAUGGUGGAUAAAAUGAACAGAGUUCAAAAAUAUAUUCAGGAGAACAUUAUGUUAAUUAAGACUAUAACGGUAUUGCAUUGCUAUGGGCAAUGACUUGUUGCAUUCAUGUCUUACUUUGUUACUUUAUCUACUGGCUAGAGAAUUUUGGUUACUUUCAUCACAAGAAACAAAUUAUUUACUAAGUUAUUUAAUAUCAUGCAUAAUAAUUUUUUGUGUAAGUCAUUACUUGUGGAUUUGUCAUCGACCCUGCUUCUAAGGAAUGCCUUCUAAUUAUUUAAUUGACUUGGAACUGAAUAAAGAAAAAUGUAUCUUAUCUUUUUUGUGUAGAAAAAAACAGAGUUUAUUGUUAUUUCAAAAACCUUUUUUUAAGAUAAUAAGUACGGUAUCUAAUAAACUUUAUUUCAAAUUCUCUUUACCCUAUGUAAGGCAAAAAAAAAUGUUGUUUAACCCAUUGUUAAACCUAAAACCCCUGGAGUUCCAUGAAUAAUGGAUUUAAAAAAAAACAAAAACAUAAGAUAGAACGUACUAUUUUUUGUUAUAGUUUUAAAAUAUAAUUGUAGCAUACAUUUUAAGUCAUUUAGAUCCAAAAGUAUAUUUUUGCAGAUGUGAUUGUAAACACUGUCAAAUUUUUUUCAAGUUUUAAUUUGUUUUUACAAACUUAUUAACAUAACAAUAAUUCACAGCUUAAAAAUAUGAAAAUAUUUGCUAGAGAAACCACAGCACCUGUUAAAAUAUAAAAUUACUUUUGAUCUGAAUUAGUUGAAGCGAUGUGUUCAGAUUUGUAUGUCUCUGUUACAUUCCUUCUGCUUACAUACCAUAUAUAUAUUGCUAUAACUUAGCCAAAUAACCUCAACGAAAGGAUUAUAAAAUAACAAAAUAGAAUGUUUAAUAACCAAAUAAGAAACUAGAUCUAGAAUUACACUAAUCACAUCACAAGCGUCGUUUUCAUCUCUAAUCAUCGGCCAUCUUGACUUCCUCUGUUCUCUAUCGUGUCCUCUGGUACACAAUGUCGCGCCAAAUGACAGUGCGCAAUGUAGAGUCAUAACACUGCCCCCUCCUUAGUUAUGUUCGUCCCGAACAUGACCAGAUUUUCGCUAGGGCUGAAGAAUUGUCAGUGCAGAUGAAGUUCUGGCAAGAAAGUUAUAGUCCCACUGGAGGCCAGGUCAUAAACACACUGUCAUUUCAAGCCAUCUCCAGAAGGUAGGCCUGUCUACACAUGUCCAUUAACCACAUUAUCAGUGUCCAGUUUCCGCUGAAAUUGAUUCAUCUUUUACUCUGCUUUGUGAAGGCAGUCGUACGCACGUUUGUCAAGUCCAGACCUGUUGAUGAUUUUUCUGGUAUUUGCAUUGUUCAUUCGAGGUGCCGCCCGGACAGUUCUUAUUAAAUUUCUGUCUGCAGUUAGUACUGGUAGCCAAACAGGAGUAUUGGACACAGACCCAACAUUGUCCGAUUUGGUCAUGCCCAUUGAGGCACUAUCAAGGACAUCGAAAGCAAUAGUUUCACUCUGCCUGUAGGUCACUCUUCUAGUUUCUUCAUCUAGCGUUUUCUUUUCGGGUCCGGGCUUAUCGUUGAAAAGGUUGCCACUUUCUUUAUCUUGAAAGCUAGACGCAUCUGAUGUGUCAUUAUGAUCAUCGACGGCGCUGCCACCACCAACACUUUCCUUGUAACUACCCGUAUAGCCAAAACAGUGAUUGGUUGAUGUUUCAAUCUCCGCUCUUCUAGGAUGUAGCUGGCCUUCCAGUUUUAUCCACUUCAGUUUGUCCCUUUUAUGAUACCUGUUUACUGACAGAUUAGACCACUUUGGUAUGGUCGUAUGUUCGAUUCGUUUCACCUGAAUGCCUUCCACACCAUCAUCAAGCAAUGGGAACUCUAUGUGUCCAUAUUGUAAAGUUCCACUUCCAAUGUUUAGAGAUAAACCGAAUUCCUGCAUAAAAUCCAGACCCAGGAUGCAAUCGUCGACAACAUUGGCGAUCAGAAAAUCAUGACUAAAUGGUUGACUUCCUAUUUCAAAAUUAAGCCGUACCUGUCCUAAUAUAGGUAACAGUUCGCCACCUGCCGUUUCAAGAGUAGAGCCAUUCACUCGGAUUAUUUCCCGAUCACCAAUCAGACUGGGUCCAACUAUCGACCGCGUGGCCCCUGUGUCCAAGAG